CGUCAAUACAGAAUAUAGCAGAGGGGAAAAUAUUAAAUUUAAAAAUGAGGACGUUUUCUUACAUAAAUUAUUACCGGAAAAUAUUCAAAACCGCUCGUUGUAGAAGAUACUAUUCAAAUGGUGAAGGGAAACAACCGCAUAAUGUUGAAAACAUUCGCAACAUCGGAAUAUUGGCUCACAUCGAUGCAGGUAAAACAACAACGACAGAACGAAUGCUGUUUUACUCUGGCACCAUCAGAUCAAUGGGAGAAGUCCACCACGGCAACACAGUGACGGACUACAUGGAGCAAGAACGUCAGAGAGGAAUCACCAUAACUUCUGCGGCAGUAUCAUUCCCAUGGCGCAACAGUCAGAUCAACCUGAUAGACACUCCGGGGCACAUAGACUUCACUAUGGAGGUGGAACAGAGUCUUGCAGUCUUGGACGGAGCUGUAAUAGUCCUGGAUGCUUCUGCUGGUGUGGAAGCUCAAACCCUGACGGUAUGGCGUCAGGCGAGCGGGUACCGCGUCCCCCGACUGCUGUACUUGAACAAGAUGGACCGCAGCGACGCCAGCGCCGACGCCUGCGUGCGCUCCGUGCGCGACCAGCUGCGCGUGCAGCCGCUGUUGCUGCACAGGGACGUCAGGCAUCAGGACAGGCUUAUAGGUUUGAUUGACCUUAUCACAUUAGAAGAGAUAAUAUGGACACAGGGGCGAGGUCAGAACUUCGUACGACGGAAAUUAACCGAAAAAGACGAUGGUCAUAAGUGGGAAACUGCCAUGGCUGACCAUAAAGACCUGGUAGACACACUCUCAGGGUUAGACGAUCAGAUAGCAGAGACCAUUAUUCAGCAGGAGUCUUUAGAUUUAAGUAGUAAGGAAAUAGAAGAGGCCAUUCGAAGAUGCACGAUAUCCAUGAAAGCUUUUCCCAUUCUCUGUGGGAGCUCCUACAAGAACAUUGGAGUGCAGACGUUAAUGGAUGGCGUGGUGUCGUACUUACCGUCUCCGUCUGAAGGUCACAAGUUGUACAGGGCUUUUGGCACGGAGUUGGCGGCGAGAGCUUUCAAGGUCCAGCACGACGACCAGAGAGGUGUGCUGACGUUCCUAAGGCUGUAUAGCGGGGAGAUCAGUAAGGGACAGAAAAUAUACAAUUUAGGACAAGAUAAGAGUGAACUGGCAGGUGCGUUAUACGUGGCGCUAGCCGAUGAAUACCGUCCGGUGGAGACGGUCACGGCGGGGAACAUCGCCGUCGUCAGCUCACUCAAGGCGACGAUGACGGGCGACCUGGUGACGUCAUCGCAGGCGGCGGCCUCCCGCGCCAAGAGCCGGCUGGCGCAGCUGCUGAAGGAGCCCGCUGCUGCCGAAGACCUGAUGCUGCCCAGCGCCCGCCAGCGGCUGCAGGCCCUCGAGCAACAGCCCACGGGUGAAGAGCUGGCUGAUGUGUUGCUCGGAAUUGGAACAAGUAUCCCGGAGCCGGUGUUCCUGUGCUCCAUCGAGCCGCCGAGCGUGUCGCAGCAGCAGGCGCUGGAGACUGCCCUGGCUGAGCUGCAGCGAGAGGACCCCAGUCUCAGGGUAUCUGUCGACGCUGACAGCGGCCAGAUGGUGCUCGCUGGCAUGGGCGAGCUCCACCUCGAGAUAAUAAAAGAGCGCAUCAUCCGCGAGUACAAGAUAGAGGCGGAGCUGGGCGCGCUGCAGAUCGCGUACCGGGAGACCCUCGCGGGGGCGGGCCGGCACAGCCUCGCGCUCGACAGGAAGAUAGCCGGCGUGCGACAGCUCUGCAAGGUCACCAUGUCCGCCAGGGCCAAGGGGAUCGCGCACGAUAAGAUAUUGAAGUUGGACAAGAGCGGCGACAGUGCUGCCAACCUAGCGCACUUGCACCCGCGCAGCCUCGCCGCCAUCAAGCAGGGUGUGAACUCUGCACUCUUGCACGGCGCUAAGCUCGGCUGCCCAGUGGUGGACGUGCAGGUGACCCUGCACUGGUUCGAAGUGGGACGGGGGACCUCCGACUCCGUCAUCACCGCCGCCGUCGCGCAGUGCUUGCGAAAGGUGUUCGAGCAGGCGGAGUGCGUGCUGCUGGAGCCGCUGAUGUCGCUGCAGGUGUCGAGCCCGCAGUCGCACGCCGCGCGCGUGCUGGCCGACCUGGCGCGGCGCCGCGCGCAGCUGCAGGACAUACACGUGCGACAUGACAACAAGGUGAUCCAGUGCCUGGCGCCGCUGUCGGAGCUGCUGGGCUACUCGACGACCCUGCGCUCGCUGAGCUCGGGGCUGGCCACCUUCACCAUGGAGUUCCACUCGCUCCAGCAGAUGGCGCCACUCGACGAGGAGAAGGCCAUCAAAAGUGUCACUGGAUUCUAAACUAGAAUUAUUGUGUGACUGGGAUUUUGUAAAUAUGCUGUCGAGAAAGUAUUCGUAUAGCAAAAUAGUCUUGGUUUUGACAUUUUAUUCAAAUCUUGAGAUCAAUACAAUGCGAUCUUUUUGUAUUCCUCAGGGAAAAUGCCUCAGGGAGUAAGUCUGUCACAUUGUUCAUGUUUAAGAAGAAUAAAUAAAUAAAAUACGUCUUUCAAAGAGUACUUAGGAGCACAUACUUCUUUGAUCAUGUAUUGUAGAUAGAUAGUUCAAUUUUAGUCAAUGUUGUAAAGUGAUAAGUCUUGCUAAUAGUAUAUUUAUUUUUGUAUAAAAUAUGUGUAAAUAAUGCCGCAGGCUGUUGCAAUUUUAAUCACGUUUUACAAUAGAUUGAGUACCAAUACAUUAUAAUAAAGAAACCUUAAGGUUUCUUAAGGUUUCUUUAUUUAUUAAAGCAUUUAUUGGCUUCAACACGUAUUACAAAAAAAAAUUGCACCCACCAAACUGUGUGUCAGUUUGUCUUUUAUUCAUGAAACUCCAUACAAGACAGUCUUUGCAAAUUCCAGAAAAUCAUAAACAAAUAUUAUUGAGUGAACAUUAAAUCUAUUAGAUUACUUGUAUUGAGUAUUGUGAAGCCAACACAAGGCUCAAGAACUUCACAACACAUUCACGUUUAUGAGCAUAUAUACGCAGAAGUUCAAAUGUUUACUCUAGCCUACAAUGUCGGCUAGUGGAGUCUUGCGUUGACCUAUAAUGUUUGUGAUAACUAUUAUAAUGACUUAUAGUAAUUAUUGUAAAUAAAACGAUAAUGAAGGA